UGAGGUCUUUAGCUGUCAGAUGUCAUGAAACCUGCCAUACGGAAGGGUGUGGAAGGGUCACACAAACAGUGUGAAAUACAAAAACAUGCUAAGUUCUAAAAUUAACAUGGGGAUAAGAUGGUCGUUUAUGCGUUUUGUUGUAACUAGGGACAAGGGAACGGCUACAGAUCCAGUUCAGCAGUUAUUUGUUGACAAAAUACGAGAGUAUGCAAAAAGGUCCGCUGAUGGUAAAUUAGUAGAUCCCAGUCCAAGUAUCCUGAAAGAAAUGAAGAAAGAACUCGAGAAGUUAGAACAGCAAUUAGGAGGUGGUGCUGGUGUGGAUAUGACCACAUUUCCAACUUUUAAAUUUGAUGAUGUAAAGGUAGAUCCUAUUGAUGAAUUGGCUCCUGACAAAGUCGCAGUAAAGCAGAAGAAAGGCGGAGACAAAAAAAAGAAGAAGUGA